UUAGGGGAAAACCAGGGUCCUCGGCAUUUUUUUGCGAGCAGUGCACCCAGAAUCCAAAAAGAUUUUUUAAAAAAGAAAGAAAGAAACCACAGUGCUUUCGGUCACCCGAACAAGGCUACGAAAUCGUUCUACUGGACAUCGGCAUUGGGAAUUCAUUUUUGAGGUCAAUUUCCAAUCGAGAUAAAUCUAUUGGAUUAGUAGGAUUAUCUGAUUGCAGCUGAAAGAAGUAACGUUGUUUGAUCAUUUGUAUUUCUUGCCUGAUGGUCGGAUUUACAUGGAGGUGGCUUUGGGUGCCCAGGAUUCUGGAUCGUGAUUGCAUCUGGAAAGAAAAAAAGGAUCAAUCGACACGUUUUGGAAGUGUCCGUGGGUGAAUAAAAAGGAAGGGGGGGGGCGUAAAACUGGGGUUGCGUCUGCUUAAAGAAAAAAAUAAAAAAGAAGAAAAAAAAAAAAGAAGCAUCUUGAAUCCUGAAACAAGAAUUAUCGGGUGCUAGAGAUUCCCAAAAAAGCGUCUAGGAACUGGUAAAUACUUUGACCAUUUCGGCUUGAAUUUGACGGCGAAGUGUUGUAGAAACUGUCUCCUUGAAUUAUUGGAAGGGGACCGGGGGAAGAUGAGGGGGCUCCCUCUGUGGAUCUGUCUUGCUGAGGGAUAUAGACCUGCAGCUAACUGGAUUUGAUUUAUAAGAGGGAAAUCUACAGUCAAUGGCCACUCUCACCAAAUUGCUACAAUGGAAAACAGAAUGGUCAAUAGGAUAUGGUCUGAUAAAUAGUGAUGAUUGAAGAUGCUGCUUCAAUACAUGUGAAAUCAAUGGGAGAUACUUGCUGCAUGAAGAGCAUUCUGAGCUUUUCCCAACCAGCUCACUUUUGAGGAAUUGGAGGCAUAUUCUACCAUUAUUCAGUCCAUCUCGAGUGGAUAUAAAUACGUUUGCCUCACUGUAACCAGACAGCCAGACAACUAAUGUGGGAUCAUGGCACGGCCCAGAUGCAUGUGGCCAGAUUAUGUUUGGAGAGCAGUGAUGGCAGGCUUGGUACACAGGGGAUUGGGCGCCUCGUUGACUCUGUGUAUACUGGGAUGUUUGCUUCAGGCUGCCCAUGUGCUCUCACAAAAAUUGGAUGAUGUGGACCCACUGGUGACUACCAACUUUGGCAAGAUAAGAGGGAUUAAGAAAGAACUCAAUAAUGAAAUUUUGGGGCCUGUUAUUCAGUUUCUUGGAGUUCCAUAUGCAGCUCCACCAACAGGGGAACAUCGUUUUCAGCCUCCAGAACCACCAUCUCCCUGGUCGGAUGUCAGGAAUGCCACCCAGUUUGCUCCUGUGUGUCCCCAGAAUAUCAUUGAUGGCAGAUUGCCAGAAGUCAUGCUUCCUGUGUGGUUUACUAAUAACUUGGAUGUGGUUUCCUCGUAUGUACAAGACCAGAGUGAAGACUGCCUAUAUUUAAACAUAUAUGUCCCAACUGAGGAUGUAAAAAGAAUAUCCAAGGAAUGUGCCAGAAAACCCGGCAAGAAAAUAUGUAGAAAAGGAGAUAUUCGGGACAGUGGAGGUCCCAAGCCAGUGAUGGUGUAUAUCCAUGGUGGCUCAUACAUGGAAGGUACUGGAAACUUAUAUGAUGGGAGCGUGCUGGCAAGCUAUGGCAAUGUGAUCGUCAUCACUGUCAACUAUCGGCUUGGGGUACUUGGUUUCUUGAGUACAGGGGAUCAGGCCGCAAAAGGAAACUAUGGACUUCUUGAUCUCAUACAGGCUUUAAGAUGGACUAGUGAGAACAUUGGAUUCUUUGGUGGUGAUCCCUUAAGAAUCACUGUUUUUGGAUCAGGCGCUGGGGGUUCAUGUGUCAAUCUGCUGACUUUAUCCCAUUAUUCUGAAGGUAACCGUUGGAGCAAUUCAACCAAAGGACUUUUUCAACGAGCAAUAGCUCAAAGUGGAACAGCCCUUUCCAGCUGGGCUGUUAGUUUCCAACCUGCAAAAUACGCUAGAAUGUUGGCCACAAAAGUUGGUUGCAAUGUUUCAGAUACAGUAGAGUUAGUGGAAUGCCUCCAGAAGAAGCCUUACAAAGAACUUGUCGAUCAAGAUAUUCAGCCUGCCAGAUACCACAUAGCCUUUGGACCUGUGAUAGAUGGUGAUGUCAUACCAGAUGACCCUCAGAUAUUGAUGGAGCAAGGAGAGUUUCUCAACUAUGAUAUAAUGUUAGGAGUUAACCAAGGGGAAGGGUUAAAAUUUGUUGAAAAUAUAGUAGAUAGUGAUGAUGGUAUAUCAGCUAGCGACUUUGACUUUGCCGUUUCCAAUUUUGUUGACAAUUUAUACGGCUAUCCUGAAGGCAAAGAUGUUUUAAGAGAGACCAUUAAAUUCAUGUACACUGACUGGGCUGAUCGGCAUAACCCUGAAACCAGAAGGAAGACACUGUUGGCAUUGUUUACCGACCAUCAGUGGGUGGCACCAGCUGUCGCCACAGCAGACCUUCACUCAAACUUUGGUUCACCUACAUACUUCUACGCCUUUUACCAUCAUUGCCAAACAGAUCAGGUUCCAGCCUGGGCUGAUGCAGCCCAUGGAGAUGAGGUUCCCUAUGUAUUGGGAAUCCCCAUGAUUGGCCCCACAGAGUUAUUUCCUUGCAAUUUCUCCAAAAAUGAUGUGAUGCUGAGUGCAGUCGUAAUGACAUACUGGACAAACUUUGCUAAAACUGGUGACCCCAAUCAACCAGUCCCUCAAGACACAAAAUUUAUCCAUACCAAACCCAACCGAUUUGAAGAAGUAGCAUGGACCAGAUAUUCCCAGAAAGAUCAACUUUAUCUCCAUAUUGGAUUAAAACCAAGAGUUAAAGAGCAUUACAGGGCCAAUAAGGUGAACCUCUGGUUGGAGCUGGUACCUCAUCUGCAUAAUCUCAAUGACAUUUCUCAGUAUACCUCGACAACAACUAAAGUGCCAUCAACUGACAUCACUCUCAGACCUACGAGAAAAAAUUCUGUUCCUGUCACAUCAGCCUUUCCCACUGCCAAGCAGGAUGAUCCCAAACAACAACCAAGUCCAUUUUCAGUGGAUCAAAGGGACUACUCAACAGAGCUGAGCGUCACUAUUGCAGUCGGAGCAUCACUGUUGUUUCUGAACAUCUUGGCCUUUGCAGCCCUGUACUACAAAAAGGAUAAGAGGAGACAUGAUGUCCACAGAAGGUGCAGCCCUCAGCGUACUACCACCAACGAUCUGACCCAUGCACAAGAAGAGGAAAUCAUGUCCCUCCAAAUGAAGCACACUGAUUUGGAUCAUGAAUGUGAGUCCAUCCAUCCACAUGAGGUGGUUCUUCGGACCGCCUGCCCCCCAGAUUACACACUAGCUAUGAGAAGGUCCCCGGAUGAUGUUCCCUUAAUGACACCCAACACCAUUACAAUGAUUCCCAACACUAUACCAGGAAUUCAACCCUUACACACAUUCAAUACAUUUACUGGAGGACAGAACAAUACUCUGCCCCACCCCCACCCCCACCCCCAUUCACAUUCAACAACCAGGGUAUAGCCAGAUAAGAGAAACAAACUAUUUUUUUUUUGAUGGAUUGCAGUAAAAAAAUUACUGAAGAUUCCUUGGCUUUCAACCUACAAGACUCUCAUUAUUUAAAUAAGGAGGAAUAUUAUGUGAAUAUACAUAUCAAGAACUUUGGGGGUUUUGAAAAAAAUGAAUUGUAUAUAUAUACACAAAUCAACUCUAAAAACAAAUUUCAAUUGCUUGAAGCAAUUGUUCUGAAUGAUACUUUUUCAUUCACAUUCAAGAAUUAAUUUUUUGAAGAUUUAAGUUGCAUAAUGGAAUUAGGCAUGUGGAACACCAAACAGGAAAGAACUAUGUCCGAAAUAUAAAAAAAUUUAAAAACAACUAUGAAUAUGCACAAGGGACACACCAAUGGAAUGUCAGAUAAUUUUCACCAGUUUUUAUUUGGAGCUGUUUUAUUGUGUAGACCAUAUUUACAUAUUUGGAUAAGUACACAAAGCACCAAUGCUGUUAAUGGCCUUAGCAGAGGCUCAUGCUGAAAUUUGCCAGUAAAACAAAGGAGUUUAAAGACUGGCAGGUACAACAUUAUCACAUAAGUGCUGUCAGUAUAAAGUUGUGGGGAUAAAGGAAACUGGAUAUUUUUAGCACGAUGUGCAUGAUAAUUUAUAUGCUUGGUGGCUGUGCUGCUGAUUAAGCCGUAAUUAAAAUUCUUCUCAUCCCAUUGGAGUUUUUAAUAGAAGCUUCCUCCAUCAAUUGGCAGAACCUAAAGAAGAUUUUAAGGGGCAAAAGUAAUUACAGUAAAAUAAUUCACAGUAGCUUCAAUAAUAGAAGGAAUUAGCUAUUAAAGGUAUUUGAAGAAAUAUAGGUAUAGUGGUGAAUACUCGCUGAUAUGAAUCCCAGAGAAAAAUUUCCUGUGUUUUUAAUGUUCUUUUCAUUCCCAUCUAAACGAUUUAUAGAAAUAUAGCCCUAAUUGGACAUGUGUUACCAGCUCUAUAAUUUGCUGUGGUUUUUGUUACUCUGUAUUUUGUUCCUUUUGGUAAGGUGAAGUGUGUCCAAAGAGUUGUUUGAAACAGUCUUUCAUGAUAUGAAGAUGCCCCGAUAUUACCACUCUGAUGACAGUUCUCAGUUAAUUGAUUUACUCAUGUUGCAUGGCAAAAUGUUUACCAACAAUAAUUCAAUAUAAAGUUAUGUCCCUCUUCACAUCACUUAUCUUUCUUACUGAGGUUCAUUCACUGGAAUUUACUCACGCAAUCUCAGUAGAGUGCGACAUAGAUAAAGAACCUAGGAGAGUUAACACCUGGAGGAUUUUAGUCUUACACAUGUGUGUGAUUUUAAAUGAAUAUUCUAAGAUCACAGGAAACUCUUCAUUCCCCUGUUUACCAGUAAUAUCAGUAUAUCACUGACCUUUCCAAAUGUUUGUAUAUGUAAUCUGAUGUACAUUUAUAUUAAAACAAUGAGAUGGACUUAAAGAGCACAUCCUGAUAAAUACUUUCUCUCUUACCUGUACUAUAUUUCUAUUAGACUAAAGUUAUGUGAUUUUUUUUUACAUUUUUUCAGAUGACUAGCAAUUUUGAUAGUUUGUAAGAUAAUGCAAAGAACUUUCUCUGACAAACUAACUGCAGUAACAGAAACCUUUCUUUUCAGUUACUCUUUUUCAAGAAUGAAAGCUUAUUAUACAAAAGAAAAAAUUGUAUACUACUUGAUGGAAACAACUUUGUACAUCUUGGCCAUGUCACUGGUCAUUGCGUGAAAUAAAGAUAAUCUGGAUAAUGACUAUUAGUCAAAUGCUAAGAGACAUGAUCUUUGCUCAUUAAAGAGCUAAAAUGUUUAUUGCUGUUUUGUCUUUUUUUACAAAACAAAAACAAGAGAAACAUGACUGUCUCAAAGGGUCAUUUUUCUAGACCAGUCAGGUUUUUGAAGACAUAUAGGUAACUUCUACAGAAAACAUAAUCACGUGUCUAAAGUCAAUUCUUGUCUAAGAUUGAAACUUUAACAUUAUGAAUUUAUAAG